CCGUCGCGGCAUCGUCGCUGCUUGCUUCGACCGCCAUGGACCCCUCGCAGCAGGACAACGCGCCUCCCGCGCAUCGCGCCAGCACGUCCUCUGGCAUGAUGUCACCCACAGAUACACGAACGAACCCGCUGUCCAGACAUUCGUCCAUAAUUGGCGAGAGCGUGCCAGAAAACUAUCACUCGACAGACACCGUACGGCGGCGACCCGAGGGAUAUGGUCCCGAAAGGAGUCAGUCUUACGCCCGCCUCCGAAAGCCGCCAUUGUCGCGGCGCACCUCAACGAACACACCACACAAAGGCGCAGUGUUUUCUGCAGAUGACGACGCCUACGAAGUCCAGGCAGACGCCGCCGAACGUCGCGCUGGCCUAUCGACGCGCCGACGCCAGCCACCUCCCUUGGGACUCACUCGCAUCCAGUCGUAUCGCAGUGGUGAAGAGGAGCAAGAAUCCGAACAAGACGACGAAAAUAGUGUAGCGGGAGAAGAACACGAAGAGGAGGAGGAGCUACCGUUGGACGAGCAUGUUGAUUGCGAAUCCGAAGGUGAAAUUAGCGAAGCCGAAAGCUUCACCCUCAAAGACAGACAACAGGCCAUUAACCAAACACACCCGUUUGGUAUUCGAGUCUGGAAGCCUGCGUUGUACAAGAAAGACCGAUCGAUCCAAAAGUUUGCUCAGGCAGAUAUUCAUUCAACGCCUGGUGGUAGAGUAAGCAACUGGCUGCUCCUUUUCAACUUGGCCUGGACCAUCUUCUUUGGGUGGUGGAUAGCCUGCCUGGCAGCUUUUGGCGCAAUCAUCUGCCUUUUGUUUGCUGCUGCGCCCAGCGGCAGAGAGUAUGGGAGAGUCCUAUGGGGUCUAGCGGGCUAUUUAUUCUACCCCUUUGGCAAGUUUAUUCGGCUUGAAAAGGAUGAGGCCUACAUGGACGAGGAUCAGGACGAAGGUAGAAGCAUCUCAGAAUAUGAACAAUGGCAGAAUGGUGACCUCGAAUACGGCCGGCUGUUCUUUGGACCUGAUCGACACCGUUCCAUCAUCGGCCGCUCCAGGAGGAGCUUGGAUUCGGAGGCGCCCAGCGAGACGGAGAGCCUACUAGGGCGAGGGCGCCGCCAGGACUCUAGCGAUCUACACCCUCGCUUGAAGCGGAGGCUAUUUGGCCGUGGAGAGUGGAAUAUUGGCCGCAUCAUCUUCUUCGUCUUCUUCUACUGCCUCAUCUCACCCUCCUUGAUCCUCGUGUCUGGCAUCUGCUGGUUCCUCGUCUUUUGGAUUCCCAUGGGCAAGGUGACCAUGCUGCUAUUCGACCACCUCAGGCGACACCCUCUCGCUCUAUCCUUUGAGUCUCACAUCAGCUACGCUCGAGUAGACGAUGCUCCCGACUCAUCCAUCCUCGUCUGCACCUAUCGUGCUGUUGGAUCAAAGUACUGGAAGUAUACCAUUGAUGGCACCAACAUCUUCCUAAUCAACCUCAUGGUCGUUGUUGUGUUUGUCAUCGCCGACUGGCUCAUUCUGGACCGGAUCCUAGGACUGGAGAUUCUCAUCACGUCGCCUGCCUUUUUGUUUUCUGCGGGCUUGCUCUCCAUCAUCCCGCUGGCAUACUUUAUUGGCCAGGCCGUAGCAUCCAUCUCUGCUCAGUCCUCCAUGGGCUUGGGUGCUGCCAUCAACGCCCUCUUUGCCACUGUUGUCGAGGUUUUCCUCUACUGCGUUGCACUGAACCAGGGCAAAGGUCAACUUGUCGAGGGAAGCAUUGUGGGAAGUAUAUUUGCCGGUAUCCUGUUCUUGCCGGGCAUCUCCAUGUGCUUUGGAGCCCUGAAGCGAAAGACUCAGCGGUUCAACGCCAAAUCGGCCGGCGUGACAUCUACCAUGUUGCUCUUUGCCGUGGUGGGCGCUUUUGGUCCGACGCUAUUCUACCAAAUCUACGGCUCCCAUGAGCUCAACUGCAUGGACUGCGAAGAUUACGCCUAUGGUGGCUUCAACGAAGAGGGCGCUGCGAGGGACUGUCGCCGGUGCUACUUUUCGCAAGUGCCUGCUCUAGACGACCGAUUUUAUCUCGAGGCCGUGCGUCCAUACUGCUACGCGGCAGCCUUCUUGCUCUUCUUCUCAUACCUCGUUGGACUCUGGUUUACGCUGCGUACUCACGCUGCCGUCAUCUGGAAUGCAGAGGUGGAAGAAAAGAGACAUGAAGAGGCCAUGCACGCGUCGACGACUCUUCGUCCCCCGCAUCAACCAUCCACGGCCGACGGUACCGGGGCUGAUAUCCGCGAUUCGCAUCUCUACAAGCGCAUCCUGGGCCAGUCUCUAAAGCAGGUCGGCUUACCGGACGCCUCCCGGCCGGGCUCCACGACUGGCCAGGAUGCUGGUGGGCUAAACAUGACUCCUCACGUGGUGCCGCCCAAGGGUACUGCUGAUGAGGAUCAACCGCCCUUGCGCUCAACGAUCAAGGUUCCCGGUCUCAGCCAGGUCGACAACAGCGUUCUCGUACGUGAGGUCGCCGAGAUCGCAGCCACAGCGGCCACAAUUGCCUCCCGUGACCGAUAUGUGCAUAAGGCGUCCAGCACCGGCGUUGCUACACCGCGGCCGCACGGCGCCAGCCGGCCAAGCCACCUCCAUGAUGUCGAAGAGGACGCCGCUACUGCGGGUGCUGCAACUGCUCAAGCAGGGGGCCAUGGAGGCCACGACGCGCCAAACUGGAGCCGCACCAAGAGUACUGUGAUCCUGCUGGGGGCCACCAUCUUGUACGCCAUAAUUGCCGAGAUUCUGGUCGACACUGUCGACGUCGUGCUGGAAAGCUUUGCCAUUGACCAAAAAUUUCUCGGACUGACCCUCUUUGCUCUAGUCCCCAAUACUACCGAAUUCUUGAACGCCAUUUCUUUCGCCAUGAAUGGAAACAUUGCACUAUCGAUGGAGAUUGGCUCCGCAUAUGCUCUCCAAGUGUGCCUGCUUCAAAUCCCUUGCCUAGUACUCUUCUCGGCUGUCUUCCCAAACAUCCCGGUAGGAGGUGAUGCUGCCAAGUAUACGUUUUCUUUGCUCUUCCCGCAGUGGGACUUGGUCACCGUCGUCCUGUGCGUAUUCCUGCUCAGCUACGUGUACGGCGAAGGCAAGAGCAACUAUUUCAAGGGCAGCAUCCUCCUGCUGACAUACCUUGUGGUGGUGAUUGGGUACUACUUCAGCGGCUACACCGAGGGAUCCAUGGGAAUGCAGCGGUUCGACGUGAUGGGGGCCGAUGGCAAGUAUCAGAAGUUUAAGACGAUUGGCAGAUCAACAAACGGGAGAGCGUUCCAAGUGAUUUAAGCCAAGACUGCGGGGAGCUGCAGCAGCAAUUUUUUCAUCUCGUUAGUUUGAUAAAAAAUAUCCGCCAGGGUCGAACGACAGGCUGCAUUCGUCAGGUAGUCUUGUUCGUCAGUGUUACUUUGGCUUUUCCAUUGCUCUGUUCUCUUUGCCCCAAUCAGCUUUUGGGAAAGUGGGUGCUCCAUCUUGCAGCGUGGGUUACCUGCAUGCUUUUUCUUCUUCUUUUUCCUCUUUUACCUUUGUUGGAAGGGUAAACUGCCCGGGGUAUUUGUCUUGUUUUGCAGAGCCGGCAUGUUCCUUUGAGCGAAUCGGGUGCAUUUUCUUUCCUUCUUUUUCUUUGCUCAAUUUUCUCUCGUCACCACUACCUAUCUCAUACCUAUAGCAUGGCUUAUUUGAAAUUGUUCCACGGGAUGGCAGGCUGCACGGCAGUUGCAUGUAUUUGUGUAAUACUACCCAACUUAGGCUGAGUCUCAUUUUUAUGGCUGUUUCCUUUUUUUUUUUUUUCCUUUUCUGUCUUUAGUGUUACGCGGCAAGCCUGAUGUGGCAUGAAGUCGACAGAUGCAUCUAUACGAAAAACGAAAAUCUCUUGUCUUGUUAACAUUUGUACUACUGUGUGAUUCCCGGCAUAUAAAAUACCACCAUGACCAUCAUGGCUGUUAAAAGUGUGAAUUAAUAUAAAUCCCUGCAUGAGCCGCGUGACCAUGUGCGUCCUUCACUCUCACUCUCACUCACUUUCUCUCUUGAAACAUAUGCCUGGCCCAUCCGGAAGACGACGGCAAGCUCUUCAAAUCCAAAACGGAAUGACAGCCGCCCAAAGAUGGCAGCAGCAUGUUCUAGAUUCUAGAUCUUUCUCCACCAACAAGGUGUCAACUAUACACAUACAACAAAUACACACAUGAAGUUUCCAGUCUUUUUCACUAACGCGGGAGUCGAACGUUUAGCUCCCGGAGACGCAAAAAAACAGGGUCCUGGCUUUGCCCGAAUAGGAAGCGCAGUGCAUAUCUUGCAUGAGGACCCUGGAUUGGGGUGGAGCGAGAACAUGCUCUACUCGGUAUCAGAAAAUGGCUUUACUUUGGUUGUGCCCCUUUGCUAUUGCUGAUACUACAACUAGUGAAUGAGCUGGUGGUCUGUUAGUGCAGCUUGAAUGAAACGGUGUUUACGGAGUAAAAUAGAGUAAAAGUAUCUAUAUAUCUACAUGUAGAUGGAGAGAGAGAAAACACGUGGGAGCAAAGGAGAUGAUAGAUAGGUAGGCAUGUAGUAUGUGCAGGUAGGGCUAUAAGAUGGUUUGUUUUACCGCAAGUUCGCCCAGCCCCAUAAUUCGUGCGUCCGGCAUCGCGAUGGAGCGAUAUGUCGUUUUUACGGUGGUGGCAGUAAGUAGUUUGGAAGGGCAAAAAAAAAAAGGAACAAGGGGGUUGGGUUGGGAUGGAUCGCUCAGCUGACUAUCUUAAAAUUUCCAAAUCUUUGAACCCCCUUCCCUUUUUUUUUUUUUUUUCAUCUCUUUCUCAUACUCCGUGACGAUGCUAGGCGGAUGGAGGAUGGGCUGCUGGAGUUUCCCUUUCCGGACGUGAGGAAUCCGCACAUACCGAUCGGGGGCUGUGGAUUUUUCUGGUGUUUGAACUUGGACCCUGGCUUUGUUUUUUUUUUUUAUAAGCGCCUCUGGUUUGUUAGUGGGAGAG